CAUCGAUCUGCAUGACUCGCGGCGCGUCGAUCCGGAGUCGGCCCUGGAGCAGCUUUUUUUGGGUUUGAUGAUGCAUCACGAGCCAAAAAUCUACGCGACCGAAAGUACCCCACCAACCACUUUUUGGCAUUUACUAGUCACGAUCUUCCUCAGCGCACGUCCGGUCCUCCCUCCCCUUUACCCCCAUCUGCCUCAUCUGAACUUCUUCUUUUCCUCUGUCCCUAGUCGCCCUCCUCCCGCAACUCUCGUCCGCCAUGUCUGACAACAGCAUAUACCAAACUCCGCUCAACUCGCGGUACUCGAGCCAGCCCAUGAAGGAGCUGUUCUCGCCCCGCACGAGAUUCACGACAUGGCGCAAGCUGUGGCUAUACCUGGCCGAGUCUGAGAAGGAACUUGGGCUGGACAUCUCGGAUGAGGCCGUUGAGCAGAUGCGGGAGCACCUGGAGAUCAAGGACGAGGAAUUUCAGACAGCUGCUGUGGAGGAGAAGCGCCGGCGACACGAUGUCAUGGCUCACGUUCACACCUACGGACUUGCUGCGCCUGCUGCGGCUGGCGUCAUUCACUGGGGCGCAACAUCUUGCUAUGUCACUGACAACGCCGACCUGAUUCUCUACCGUGAUGCCAUGGAUAUGCUGUGCCAUAAGGUCUGCGGCGCCAUUCACAAACUCAGUGUCUUCGCUCAGAAGUACGCCGAUCUUCCAUGCCUUGCGUACACGCACCUUCAGCCCGCACAGUUGACGACUGUUGGCAAGAGGGCCGCCCUUUGGAUCCAGGACCUCCUUCUUGAUUUGAGGAAUUUUGAAAGGUCGCGCGACGACUUGAGAUUCAGAGGCGUCAAGGGAACCACUGGCACUCAGGCCUCUUUCCUGCAGAUUUUCAACGGCGAUCACGACAAGGUUGAGCGUCUGGAUGACCUCGUGACUUUCAAGGCCGGCUUCCGCGAGGCCUUCACGAUCACCUCUCAGACAUAUUCCCGUAAGCUUGACGCGGAUAUUGUCAACACUCUGGCAUCCUUUGGUGCAACCUGCGAAAGGAUUGGUGGCGAUAUCCGCCAUCUCGCCUCGUUCAAGGAGCUUGAGGAGCCUUUCGAAAAGGACCAAAUUGGCUCCUCUGCCAUGGCUUACAAGCGCAACCCUAUGCGCUCAGAGCGCAUGUGCUCUCUUGGCCGUCACCUUCAGACUCUCCCCCAGAACGCCCUUCACACCUACUCUGCGCAGUGGUUUGAGCGCUCGCUUGAUGACAGUGCCAACCGUCGCAUUACCCUUCCGGAAGCCUACUUGACGGCCGAUGCUUGCUGCCUUCUCCUUGACAACAUAUCCUCUGGUCUCGUAGUUUACCCCAAGGUCAUUAAAAGUCGCGUCAUGCAGGAACUUCCGUUCAUGGCUACGGAAAACAUCAUCAUGGCCAUGGUCGCCAAGGGUCAUAGCAGGCAAGAUGCUCACGAGGAGAUCCGUGUGCUUAGUCACCAAGCUAGCCACGUCGUGAAGAUGGAAGGCGGUCAGAAUGACCUUAUCGAGCGUGUGAGGAACAGCAAAUUCUUCCAGCCGAUUCAUGACGAGAUUGACCGUCUAUUGGACCCUUCGACUUUCAUCGGCCGCGCGCCUGAGCAGGUUAAGAAGUUCACCGGCGCUGGUGGUGAGGUUGUCCGUGCACUGGCACAUUACGAGGGUAAGGUGAAGAUUGCGGAGGCAGCCGAUCUUCAUGUCUAAAGCUAGACGAGAUUAUGUCUACUGUCAUUGUAAAUGGCCGGCGGCGGAGUUACUGCAAAACCCUUGGGGGCUAACGCAAAAUUUGGUCGGGGCAUGGCGGAACCGUGUACUGUACAAUUUGGGCGGAGACAGGAUGGUCAAAAAGGUGCAUAUUCAACAUUAGUUGCUACAGUAACUAGGGUUCAAAUACGACUCGUGAAGCAUCACCACUGCCGGGUGCUCUGCAUAAGGGGGUCUUACUGUAAGGCAUAAAUGCCCGACAAUUAUUGCCAC